AUUGACGUAAAUCAGAUGUUCGAUCAGUCGUUGUAGGUGGCAGCACCGCAUCACGUGAAUUUUCAUGGCGUUGAAGGGCUAGUUCCCGAUUGUCUUGUGAUUUCGCCAAAAUAAUUUGCUGUUUCGAAUAUUUAGUGAUAAACAGCAUAAAUUAAUAAAAUCCAGUGGUGAAAAUGUCGGAGUACUGGUUGAUAAGUGCCCCCGGCGAUAAGACCUGCCAACAGACAUGGGAAGCCCUCAACCAAGCCACCAAGGCCAACAACCUCAGCCUCAACUAUAAAUUCCCAAUCCCUGACCUGAAGGUAGGGACUCUGGAUCAGUUGGUGGGGCUGUCGGAUGACCUCGGCAAGUUGGACACCUUCGUCGAGGGAGUCACCAGGAAGGUCGCGCAGUACCUCGGAGAGGUGCUGGAGGACCAGCGCGACAAGCUGCACGAGAACCUCACGGCCAACAACGAUGACUUGCCGCACUACCUGACGCGCUUCCAGUGGGACAUGGCCAAGUACCCCAUCAAGCAGAGUCUGCGCAACAUCGCCGACAUCAUCAGCAAACAGGUGGGCCAGAUAGACGCUGACCUUAAGGUGAAGUCGUCGGCCUACAAUGCGCUCAAGGGCAACUUACAGAACUUGGAGAAGAAGCAGACCGGCAGUCUCCUGACGCGCAACCUGGCCGACCUCGUGAAGAAGGAGCACUUCAUCCUGGACAGCGAGUACCUCACCACGCUGCUCGUCAUCGUGCCUAAAUCGAUGUUCAACGACUGGAACGCGAACUACGAGAAGAUCACGGACAUGAUCGUGCCGCGCUCCACCCAGCUCAUACACCAGGACGGCGACUACGGACUCUUCACCGUCACGCUCUUCAAGAAGGUUGUGGACGAGUUCAAGCUGCACGCCCGCGAGCGCAAGUUCGUUGUGCGCGAGUUCGCGUACAACGAGGCCGACCUCGUCGCCGGCAAGAACGAGAUCACCAAGCUGCUCACCGACAAGAAGAAGCAGUUCGGUCCGCUGGUGCGAUGGUUGAAGGUGAACUUCUCGGAGUGCUUCUGCGCGUGGAUCCACGUUAAGGCGCUGCGCGUGUUCGUUGAGUCCGUGCUUAGGUACGGGCUGCCGGUGAACUUCCAGGCGGCGCUGCUGGUGCCGUCACGGCGCUCCGCACGGCGCCUGCGCGACACGCUGCACGCACUCUACGCGCACCUCGACCACUCCGCGCACCACCACGCCAACGCGCAGCAGGACAGCGUGGAGCUGGCGGGUCUCGGGUUCGGCCAGUCCGAGUACUACCCGUACGUGUUCUACAAGAUCAACAUCGACAUGAUCGAGAAGGCGGCUUAGACAACCCCCACCUUCCCCCACACCACACACCGACACAACCGCGUAACGUUACCAGCCGCAGCGGAGGCGCGUCCGACCGCCGCGGCUCCGACACAGUCCACAGAUACAUUGGCAGCGGAGCGCUUCUCAUACAACGCCUCAUGUAUAUACUAUUGGUUUUGUCUUACCUGUCCUACAGUACUGGUCGCGGACCAGCUGCUUAAUGUUAAGUCAUGUAAAAAUUUGUUGAGAAAUUAAUUAGAUGCUAUAUACGAUUCUAAUCAAAUAUACUUUUGAUUUAAUGUAAAAUAUGAAAUGUUAUAUGGCAGAUAAGAGAAAGCAAAUUAUUAAAACUAAAAUAAAAUAAAGUUAAAAUUGUUGACAAAUCAAUCGACGCAGGUUCUUUAGAUGUCUAUUUAUUUAAUAUUGUUGUAUGAGCUUAUAUACGUUGAAUGUGAUUAAACGCGACAACUGUUCAGUAUUAGUCGCCGAGCGGCUGCGACGGUUCAUAUAUCCGAGUUCGUAUAAAGCUAUGUAAAUAAUAACAUUCCUCAUUGUAUAACUCGUGUAGUACAUAAUAAAUAUUAUUCAAGUUACUGUUUA